CAUACAGCUCAGGAAAUUCAAACAAGAAACUAUUAAAUAUUAAACAGUCCAGGUUAGGACUGUCGGAUCAUUAAGUGGAGUGGCUGAUGGUCAAGCAUCAUUAGCUGUGUGUCUGGAAGUCCUCCGAAAAUAAUUACCAAAAAUGAAGAUCUAGGGAAAUGUUGUAGGUCAUCUGGAUGUCAUCAUGGCAACCUCCAACCUCGAGAACCAAUUGCACAGCGCCCAGAAGAACCUAUUAUUUCUUCAGCGGGAACACGCCAGCACACUGAAGGGUCUGCAUGCAGAGAUCAGAAGACUACAGCAGCACUGUACCGAUUUAACAUACGAGCUCACGCUAAAAAGUUCUGACCCAACAGGCGAUGGAAAUUCAAGAAGCAACGAACUGAAAAGGAAAUGCGAAGAACUGGAAGCUCAACUGAAAGUCAAAGAAGAUGAAAAUAACGAAUUACUAAGAGAACUCGAGCAGAAAAAUGCUAUGAUUAUGGUGCUUGAAAACACCAUCAAAGAGAGAGAAAAGAAAUAUUUGGAAGAAUUAAAAAUGAAAAGCCAUAAGCUCAACGUGCUCUCGAGCGAGCUGGAGCAGCGAGCGAGUACCAUCGCUUACCUGACAGCCCAGUUGCACGCGACCAAGAAAAAGCUUUUGAGUUCAAGCGGGACUUCGGACGCCACUCCCUCCGGCAGCCCCGUGCUGUCCAGCUACAAGCCAGCUCCCCCCAAAGACAAGCUCCCGGAGACCCCCAGGCGCCGCAUGAAAAAGAGCCUCUCGGCCCCGCUCAACCCGGAGUUCGAGGAGGUGUACAGAUUCGGGGUCGACAGCCGGAAGCUACUGUUGCGUGAGCCCGUGGAUGCCAUGCCCGACCCCACGCCGUUCUUGCUGGCCCGGGAGUCGGCCGAGAUGCACCUCAAGGAGAGGCCCCUGGUCAUCCCCCCCAUCGCCUCCGACCGGCCCGGGGGCGGCCAGCACAGCCCGGCCCGGGAAAAGUCGCACAAGGCGCACGUGGGCGUGGCCCACCGGAUCCACCACACCGCCGCGCCCCCCCAGGCGCCGCCCGAGGUGGAGACGCUGGCCGUGGACCAGCUGCACGCGAGCAAAGUGGUCCGGAAGCAUUCAGGGCCCGACCGAACAGUUUAAGAGCAGACGGCCACGGCCCGGGUCCGACCCGAAGAGCCCCCACCCGCCCGACAGCUGCCGCGUCCUUUUCCAUCCCCGUGUGCAUGCCAAAAUUUUUUCACACAUUCUUCCUCUUGAUAAAUUAUUCUCCUCCCCGCCCUCCCUGCCGCAACCGAACUAGAGUUGUGUUCCUCUUGCAGAGUAUGUAUUUAAAGCUGUGGCCAAAUACCUGUGUACCGGACUGCUUGCUUCUAACUUUACUCCGUUUAACCCAGGUGCACACGUGGACGAAAGCACAGGCCGCAGGCUGCAUUAUAGUCAAUAUUAAUAAAACCAGAUAUCCACCCGCCUGAUUAUAAAGUCGGAGCACCGUGUAUAAACCAUUUACGCUAGCAGCGUCCCUCUGAGGCGGCCCCAUCCGCAUGGAGCCUCUCCCUGGCGCACCCCCAGAGUCUGGGGUGUAGCAUCCCCAACAAAAGCCACUCCCUGAGCAGCGUCGAGAACAGAGCAGUUACACGUGCCUGGCCAAAACACCGAAAUAACUUCACUCCCCCUGGGAGCGCGAUCCCAACCUUGUGUUGAGAUUUUUUCCAUUACACUUUAUCCAGAACGUUAAAGAUCCCAGCCACCUUCAUUUUCUAACUCCUGCCCUAGUUUUUUUUCUGUCAUCGAUUAACGUGAAUGUGCCUGGUCCACAGGGACGGCCUCCGGAGCCCCGUUCGCUUGUCUGACCGUGCUCCUUACUCGGGACAGGAAGGAAACCGUCCCUGUGCUAGUGAAUUAUUGCAUUCCAGUGGCCAGCUGCAUUACCGUGGGUUUGAACUUACCCCUGCCAAAGCGAUACAUCGGGUCUUCCCCUGGGUUGAGGGGUGAUGUCCUAAUCCUGCUUGUAGUUGCUCUCAUCUCCAUUUGUUUUUCCCGCUCUUCCUGGGCUGGCUGGCUCAGACGUCUUUGCAAAAAUUUUUUUAGCACUAUUGAUUUCUUCUUGUGGAGGAGCAAGUGGGUGAGGGUGUGCCUGCUUUUGUUGUUUGGGGUUUUUUUGCGGGGUUGUUGAUUUGGUUCUUUGGUGCUUGUGUUUUGUUUUUUUAGUAUACUGGCUCAAUUCUGUUCCCUUAAGCCUCCUUUCUUUGCCUCCGGCCCCUAAGUAGCUUCAGACCUAGGACACUGCGUGGCAGCAGCACUCAGUCAGAGAGCUAGACCUUUCUCUGUCCUUGUGACUUUUUUUUUUUUGCAGAACAUUAUUCCUCUGUUCUUCCCUCCCCUCCUAUUUUCUGCAUUCCCUGUUCUCUAUCCACAGCGUGAACCUUGGAAGCUCCCCACCCCCUGCCCCUCCAGCCGGAGCGCAGGCAGCCCAGAUUGAAGAGGUGAGGAGGGAGAAAGAUUUCCCUUUCCAGUGAUCGGUGCGGUCUUGCCUUGAUGGUGCCCAAGCCCUUUCCUCUCCCUCCCGCAACUCACGUUCCCCCAUCCCAGCCUGGCGUCCAUCCACCCCCUUAGUAAUGAGGUGAAGCCUGCGAUGGAGACGAGGGCUGGGUCACAGACAUCCAAACCUCGUCUCAGUCAGCCGCAGCUGUCGCCCCAUCGCCCACCCUGCAGAUGAUGGCCUGGCUCCCAGGCCGCGCUGUCCUGGCAUCCUGACCGAGGCUCUGAUGGAAUUCACAACCUUUUUCAAUCACCGUGAAUCACAGCUCGCGCUCGAGCCCCGGGAGUGUGCAGUAAGAAGGCGGAGAGCCCCGGAUACCGGCACGCCUAAGUCCGCGACAUCGGAUGCCUGCGCCAAGCCGAUAUCCAAGGGAGAAAUUCGAUCCCGGGGAACUAGGGAGUAAACUUUAUUUCCUUGAAGAAAUCUACUCGGAGAAGACUGGAAAGGACAGCUGGCCGCGGGUUUGCCGAGCCUUCCCUCACCCUGGGCUUUGGGCACGUAAGACGUCCUGACCCAGCCCACCCCUCCCAGGGCGGUGACCACAAUUCCUUCUCGAAUUUUCUGGCCCUGCACCCCCGCCCCAGGCUUUCUAAAGAGUCUGGGAACGCAGCUCUUUACAGGCACAGGCUUCUGUUAAAAGAAUCUCAGCAGUUUUUUUAGCGAGUCCCCUACUCAUAUUUACAACUUCUCAACUAAGGUGGGGGGAGGUAGACGGUCCCUUAAGAAGAAAACUGUUCUGACAUGCCCUGUUCAAAUAAUCAGACAAGUUUAUUUUCCCCAAAUACAGAAUGCUAAAAGAGGAAAAGAGUUUAGGAAGAGAUUAGAGUCACGCUGUUCACCACGCUUUGGUGGCCAUUGCGUGAAAGAAAGGAGAAAAUUAGUGGCAAGAAGCCGCCUGGUCUGUGCCACUCCUUCCUCCAAGGGGAGCAGAGAUUGGCAUCCAGGUAGCACGGAGCCCAGGCUUUAUGAUGGUGGGAGAGGUCUGAGCACGUCUUUCCACCCCCAAUCCACUGGUGGACGAGCUCAGGCUUGGGGGUCCAGCCUCCCCCCGGCCGAUGCCGUGAGCUAGUCGGAGUUCAGCGUCAGGCACACCCCUUGCAGCACCCAGUGGGAAAUGUGUUUGGUGGUAGAGAGAUCAGCUUCAAACACUAACCCGACUCCCAUCGCAUUUCUUCUCAUGGAGGUGGUGUAGACGGGGGUCCGGAAGGUGUUCUAGAGACAAGGGAAAUAAGCGGCUUGGAGCCUCUGCCUGGAUGGACUCCCUCACCCGUCGAGCCCGAGGAGCUGCCUGGGCUCCAGCUGGAGGGAUAGCCUGGAUUAUGGGACUGGAAGAAUCUGGGGAUGCUGAGACUGUCCCCUGCCAUCUUUGCCCAAAUGGCAUCGCCCCGCUCUGGGGCAGCCCAGCUGCAGAUGCUCUGGGCUGGGAGUGAGGUCACAGGUGUGAUUAGCUAGUGUUUUGUCGUCUCAGUGGCCAUCUACAGUGAACCACCACCCUGGGCCUGGUGGCAAAGACCCUGCCCAUCUGGGUCUAGGCCCAGGGCACUAGGGGGAGGGCAGAGGCCAUUGCUCCCCACCUCUCCACCACCCUGCCCCAGAAUACUGGCUUGCCUUUCACCCCUAAAGGAAUUUUUUUGAUCUGCAGCUCUAGGUCAUAUUGUGCUUUUGGUUUUUGGCUCUGGUUCAUGAGGUUUGCCGCCCCCACCCCCCGACUAAACCAACUAAUAACCCCUGCAGACAGAACUGACAGCGUAGGCAAGUCCCCCAGGCAGGACAGGGUAAGGAAAGAUUCCGCCAAGGGAAUCCCUUUUGGAGUGAAUGAAUGAAUGGUUUUCCAGGACCCAACCAAUUCCUUGAAGAAAGGAUUGGGCCACUCCCGAGGGAUCCACGAGGAACCGUGUCCCUCGAGAACCCAAUUUUCUGGGCCGGGGGAAGACAAGCCAGGAGACAGAAAUGAACCCGCAGCCCAGCGCUGGUCCGUUGAUUACCGCGGUUCCCCGGGCACCCGCUCUCUCACCUGCAGCUUGAGCCGAUGGGCUUCGAUGGGGAUUAUCUUUAGGAUGGGCAGGUUAACUACAAGGACUUUGGGUUUGCUCUUGAUAAGGCAGCUUUUCUCAAUGUCCCAGUCGGCACCUUCCAAAUACAGGCCGGAGACAAAGCAGCCUGCAGACGGCAGGGGAAGAUCACAGGGAGUGAUUCCAAGACAUUGGCGGGAAAGAAUGGUUACCCAAUCUCCAUCCACCGGGGCCUGUGAAGGGCACACGUCCCUCAAGCCCAAGCCGCCACCUCCGCCUCCUCCUCCCCUUUUGUGCACCAACACUUACUGGGCGCCCAUCGUGUGAGUCACCCCAUGGUGCCUGACUUGGGCCCUGAUAAGAUUCAAAUCAUCCUGUUCCCUUCUAGAGCAUGGAAGGAAAACAGCUUGGCUCCCAGAAGGGCAAACUGAGCUCCAGAAACUCUUCUCCUCCUCCUCCUUCCCCAACCCCUGGCCUCAGGCGGAUAGAAAACUCCUUCCUCGUACCAACGCCUUCUCUUCCCCACUGCGUCCUAGGAGGUUAAUCCUUUCAGCCCUGCCACUGACCUCCACCAAGUCUCACCUCCUCUGUGCCUCAGUUCCCGUAUUUAUAAAAUGGGAAGACUCUCUGACUCUCCCUACCUCACGGCGAUGUUGAGGCUAGAGAUAACUCAUGUGAAAGUGCUUUGGAAAAAUAAAAGUGUUACGCAA